AUGGUGUUGUUUUGCUUCCUGGUUGAUCAAAAACGUAUCGUAAAGAGGACGAAGCCAGUGGCAGGAUCUUGUUCAAGAUGCCGACGAGGAGCCAGUGUUGCUGACAUUGUCACCAAAACCAGAUUUUGCUUCAUCAUGCCAUUUUAUUGGAGAUGUAACAAAACUAUUCUUUGCACUUUCUGUGGUACCACUCUUAAAACCUAUCCAUGA